GGAUGAAAUGCACCUACCAAAACCUCGAGCUCUUCUAGUGUUUAAGUUGGCUUAGAGUUUAAUUUGAUUCAUUUCCCUAGUGUUUUUCCAGUACAAACAAUGGUGAAGAUUGGUUUUGGUAGCUUUGGUGACUCUUUCAGUGUUGGCUCCCUCAAGUCCUACCUAGCCGAGUUCAUCGCCACCCUUCUUUUCGUGUUUGCUGGCGUUGGCUCUGCCCUCGCUUAUGAUAAGCUGACUACAGAUGCAGCUUUAGACCCUGCCGGCCUAGUCGCUGUGGCCGUGGCCCAUGCAUUUGCUCUGUUCGUGGGGGUCUCCGUUGCUGCAAACAUCUCCGGUGGCCAUUUGAACCCAGCUGUCACUUUCGGAUUGGCUGUUGGAGGCAACAUUACCAUCCUAACCGGCAUUUUCUACUGGAUUGCUCAACUCUUAGGCUCCAUCGUCGCUUGCUUUCUCCUCAAGUUUGUCACCAGCGAGAGUGUGCCAACACAUGGACUUGCCUCUGGUGUAGGAGCUAUUGAAGGUGUUGUGUUUGAAAUCAUCAUAACCUUUGGUCUGGUCUACACUGUCUAUGCCACAGCCGCAGACCCCAAGAAGGGUUCACUUGGGAUCAUAGCACCCAUUGCAAUAGGGUUCAUUGUUGGUGCCAACAUCCUAGCGGCCGGACCAUUCAGCGGUGGAUCUAUGAACCCAGCUCGCUCAUUUGGCCCGGCCGUUGUCAGCGGAAACUUCGCCGAUAACUGGAUCUAUUGGGUUGGUCCAUUAGUUGGUGGAGGUUUGGCUGGCCUGGUCUAUGGUGGCAUUUUCAUUGGAUCCUACUCCCCAGUUCCAGUUUCUGAAGAUUAUGCCUAAGGGAUGUGUUUCUGUUUGGAGUGUUUCUUCAAGUUAUUUGCUUUCUUGCUUUUCUUGUUGAGCAUUUGGAUUGUACUGGUUAAUGCCAAGAGGAAAAAAAACUUGGAGCCGUUAAUAAAUUGUAGAUAAUGAAUCGGUUUUGUGAA